CUGUUCCUGUUUACGAUCUUUUUAAUAAUUUCUUGUCCCUGCCCUACCUUGAAAAAUCGCAGAAUACCCCUCUAACCUUAUCCCCACUCCUUGCGUUUUUAAUUUCCAUAAUUGCUACUCAAUCUCUUGAUUGAGUCUCCACGCAGCAGAUCUCGGAGGUGCGUUAUCUUCUACAGGAAAAUGGAGAUUAUUGCAACCGCUGCUCUGAUGAUUGUGGUGGCUCACCUCGUCUUAGGUUUGCUACUGUGGCUUCGGGUCCGGAAGCUAUAUUCUUAUCCUGGUCUUCUGGGUUUUCCUGUUUUCGGAAACCUCUACUACUUCUACAGAACACUGUUCAUUUGUACUAUGGACAGUAUGGAAAAACAUUUGAUAGGAAUUGUAGACAAGUAUGGAAAAAAUGGGAUAUGUUUCCACUGUACUUUUGGUUACAGGACAACAGUGGUUAUUUCAAGUCCUGAAAUUGUCAAGGAAAUUGGACUUCAUCCCAACCUGUCUGAUAAACCUACAACGAUGUAUGGAGGAUUCACGACCUACAUGGUGGGACCUCUUACAAGCGCUCGAGCGGAUGAUGCGUGGAAACUAAGGAGAAAAGAAUAUAAUGCUGGUUUGAAAAAGUCACAGGUAAGUAAUGCCUACCACAGUACCUUCGUUGAGUGCGCCAAGAAAUUAGUUGAUUUGAUGUUGGCUUCUCCUUCAGCUGUGGAUGCGAUUAAUAAAGCAAUAGGUGUUACACAUUUCGCUGCAAUGAGAAACUUAUUUGGAAUUUCAACAAAUAUAAUAUAUCAUCCGGAGUUCAUCUAUACAAUGAGAAACAUUUUGAAUGCAGGAUCACUUGCUGCAGGAAACCCGAUAAUAGCAACUUUAUUUUUAACAUUAAUGCGACCAAUAGAUGAAUUAUUUAUGAGACAAGUAGGAAAAUUGCGGAAAGUGGUAUGGGAAGAGAUAGAUAGAGCACGCAUAUCUGAAUUGCUUCCUAAUGCAGAACUACCAGUACUGAUCCAGAUUGCAUCCAGAUCUUUAAAAUAUGGUGGGAAAAAAUGGAGAAAAGACACGAUGUCCGAGCUACACGAGUUGUUCUUUACAGCUGCACAAACUACUACAUCUACAUUAUCCAGUGCGAUAACAUUUUUAGCAGUUCUACCAGAUAUUCAAGAAAUAGCUUGGCAAGAACAACAAACAAUUUUCGGUAAUGAUAACAGAGAUCCAUCAAUGGAUGAUUUAGAACAGAUGCAGUUCCUUGACAGGGUCAUAAAAGAAACCAUCAGAUUUACUAGUCCUUCAUUUGUUGGAAGGUUGGCUACUGAAGAUAUAAAUAUAAAUGGUAUAACAAUACCUCGAGGUACUUCUGUUAUAUAUCUAAAUAGAUACAUGAGAAUGGAUCCAAAAUACUGGAAGGAUCCAGAAGUUUUCGACCCGGAUCGCUUUCUUGAAGAAAGUGAGACAUUAAAAUAUUCUUAUUCACCAUUUGGAGUAGGUGUAAGAAACUGCCCAGGCAUGUUUUAUGCAACAACGCAGAUGAAAAUUUCAUUAUCAACAAUAUUAAGAAGACUAAAACUUAGAACAGCUCAAAAAGAUUUUAAAUUUGCAGAUAUCAAAUUUAUCUCUUGCCUUAUGACAGAAAUCAAAAAUCCUCCUGUGCUGCAAGUUGAAGAAAGAGUAUGAUAUAGUAGUGUAUAUAUAUUUUUUUAUCAGUUGCAGAUUCAAAUGGAGGGUGUAAACACAUAUCAAGAAAAAAAUAUUAUUCACCAUUAUUCUUCAUGUAAACACCUUUUUUCUUUUGCUUCCAAAAUAAUUACCGUUAUAAAAAAAAUAAAAAUUAAAUUCUGAAUCUGCGACUGCUUUGUAUUAUAUUUUUAGUUUCCACCUGCCAAAAGUUAAUUUAAGAAGUUCAUCAGCAAAUGGUCCAACGUUUUUAGAAAAUUAGUAUAGAUUUAUAUUAGUAUAGAUUUAUAGAUGUUACAUAGAAAAUAGUCGAUAGAUAAUAAAAUUGUUUGAUCCAUAUUUA